CGCGCACUUCUCUCGCCGGGCGCCUCGAGACGCCGGCUGCCGCGGGCGCGUGCGCCCAGUCCUCCAGAUAAGCACCGUCUCCACCCCCCCCCCAACUCUCUGCCGUUCCUUAUUUAGCCGUCUUGUGAGCCGGAGUCCGGCGCGCUCGCUGGGUGUCUGAGGUCUGAGGGCACACAGCAUCGGCGGUAGGAAGCAGAGUUCGUCCAGCCCCCGCUCGCUCCGCCGACGUUUCUGCUUUAUUUGGACGUGCCGGAAGCGCAGCACGCGCCUACCCGCGCUGACUGGCAGCGAGCGCGAGGCAGCGGAGUCCGGCGGCCGGCACGCGGACGAGGAAGAGCACUGACUGCGGCGGGAAGAGCAGAGCAGCAGCGAGAGAGGAGCCGCAUCGGCAGGUACCGGAGUGCCGGGCGGCGGCGGCGGCGGUGCUGUCGUCAGUGGCCAGAAUGGAAGCCCUAGUGGAGCGACUGGAGCACGCUGUGGUUCGCCUGGAGGCCGUGUCUGCCAAGAUGGAGGGUUCGGCUGAGGGCGUCAGCAACGGUGACAUCGUCAAUGGCGUCAAUGGAGGCCUUCCGCAGAGCGUGGAGGCCUUUGACCUGCUCUUGAGCGGUCCAGUGUCUGACUAUGUGGUGACGAGCCAGGCCAUCGGAGAGGAUGUGGCUGUGCACGCAAACAUGGUGAAGGAUGCUCUGCAGGUGCAGCGGACGUUUCUCAAGAUGAGCAGCACACAUAAAGAACCUGCACAGUCUGAGCUGGCAGAUCUACUGAAGCCCAUCUCAGACAACAUCCAAGAGAUCCAAAACUUCCGGGAGAAGAACCGUGGGAGCAAGAUGUUCAAUCACCUGUCUGCCGUGAGCGAGAGCAUUCCUGCCCUGGGCUGGGUGGCAGUUUGUCAAAAGCCAGGGCCGUACGUGAAGGAAAUGACAGAUGCUGCCACCUUCUACACCAACAGGGUCCUCAAGGACUACAAGGACACUGACAAGCGGCAUGUGGACUGGGUGCGGUCCUACCUGAGCAUCUGGACGGAGCUUCAGACCUACAUCAAGCAGCACCACACCACUGGCCUUGUGUGGAGCAAGACCGGUCCGAUUGUUCCAUCCUCAGAGGGUCCCUGUCCACCUCCGCCACCUCCUCCUCCUGGACCUCCCCCGGUCUUUGCCGAUGAAAGCCCAAAAGCGGAAGAUUCGGCGGCCCUGCAUUCUGCCCUCUUUGCCCAGCUAAACCAGGGAGAGGCCAUCACUAAAGGCCUGAAGCAUGUCUCAGACAGCCAGAAGACCCACAAGAACCCAGGUCUGCGCUCUCAGCACGCUGUUCCGGCAUCUUCUCCGUCCAAGUCCCAAAGCCCCAGCGCUCUAGCCACGCGGGCGCCGGUCCAAAGUCAUCCUCCGCUGCUGCAGCUCGAGGGGAAGAAGUGGAGGGUGGAACACCAGAACCAGGCGCAUGACCUGGUCAUUUCAGAGACGGAGCUGCGGCAGGUCGUGUACAUCUUUAACUGCAGUAAUUCCACUCUGCAGAUCAAAGGGAAGGUCAACUCCAUCAUUGUGGACAACUGUAAAAAACUUGGCCUGGUGUUUGACAACGUGGUUGGCAUUGUAGAAGUCAUCAACUCCAGAGACAUUCAGUUGCAGGUGAUGGGCAGGGUGCCGACCAUCUCCAUCAACAAGACCGAGGGCUGCCACGUCUACCUGAGCCAGGAGGCCCUGGACUGCGAGAUCAUCAGUGCCAAAAGCUCCGAGAUGAACAUCCUGGUACCGCAUGGAGACGACUACAAAGAAUUCCCGGUUCCGGAGCAGUUCAAGACGGUUUGGGAUGGAUCUAAGUUGGUGACGGAGCCCACGGAGAUUGCUGGCUGAUCACCGCUCCAUCCUUGUCUUCU